UUCAAAACUUCCUCACUCUCCCACCAGAAAGUCUUCUUCCCACCUCAAAACUUCAGACAGAAAAUGGCCGUACGACCACCCCCUCCUUCCGGCACAAUCGCCAUUGCCGUUCUUUUCUUCUUUCUCGGAGUUGCCGCCGCCCGUACUCCAUCAAUUUUACAAGUAAACGAACUCCCCGCCGCCGAUGCGGACGUCAGCCAUUCCCUCACACUCCCAAUCUCCCAGAUCAAUCAGAUCCUCCGUCUUCCUUCCGACGACGUCAACGUCAACCCAGAUCCGGAAUCAGCCCAACCCAUCACCGUUAGAUCCGUUCCGUUGACGCGGGUCACGAUCCAUGACUUCCGCCCGAUCGACCGCCGCCACGUCUCCGUCAGUUCGACAUUGCCAAAUCGAAUCUGCAUACACCGCCACCGACUCAACAUCCAGCCUCUCUUAAAGCCCGUGGAUGAAACUAUGUUGCCGUUAACAUCCGACGGUGGUGCUGAGGAGGAGGAGAAGAAGGAGAUUGACCCGGCAACCGUAAACUGGGUCAAGUUGCCCCACCAUCAUCACCACCACCACCAUCACCACCGCCGUCAUCACCACAUUCACCGCCACCACGAUGAUGAAGAUGAUGAUGGAUUAGAUGGGUUCUCCAAGUAUCUAAUGAAGCACAGAUAUGAUAAAUUCGGCAGAGAAAAGGGCUGGAAACAUUUGAACCAUAAUAAACGCAGAGAUCACGACGAUGAGGAGGUGGAAGAGAUGAAGAAGCCUGAGAUUGUAAAGAGAGAAGAAGCGCAGGGCGGUAUUGUUCAGCGUAUUCGCAAGUUCUUGGCUCACAUCUGAGUAUCAAAAAAUUUCUGCCCACAUUUUUCUCCACGAGUUUUGAUUGGAUCGAUCCUCUGUAUUUCUGGAUGUACCGAUUCGUGUUUUCUGUGUAGUAAGUAAUCUGCAUCCGUCUGAGAUGUGUUGUAGCCUUAUUAUCAUGUAUAGAGUAGAUAUAAUCAUAUAUGAUGAAUGUGUUCAUUUUGGGAGUUACCAACGUUUUACUGUAAAAGUGUUUUGAAGUUAUCAUCUCCAACUCUGUUGUUGAAUCCAUUUCCCCUGUGAAACUAAUGGCAUAUGUGAAAUCUUUUAUCAUUGUUGUAUAAUGUGGUCCAUGUAGUCGAUUUCUUCUUCUUGUAUUUGGUGAACGAUUCAAGUUUGUCAUUAUCUGUUCCUUA